CUACUUUCAGCCAGUCUCCGGCCAGAAACGCCCUGCUCGCCUGUUCGAUCGUUAAGAGAGCCAGCUCUGGCCCGCACUUCCUCCAGCCGUCAAUGAAUUCUCGCAGUUCCAAACACAGCAUGUCUGCCCUGUCUGUCGUUGUCAUAGAGUCACUGCCUGCCGGCAAAGACCGUGCUGAUCUCCUGGACUACGUUCGCUCCAACUUUCAAAAGGGCUUUGAGCGGCUCAUCUUCGAGCCCAACGGUCUCUGUCUGAUGUUGUUCUCCAACGCCGAGUAUGCCCAGCAGUUCAUCGACACCACCCAGCGAUCGACCUCCAUCGCUGCCGACUUUUGCCCGCCUUCCUAUCCCGACCUGGCCCGUCUUCUCGAUCAGAGAAACCAGCGAAGCACCCGGAAUCCCUCCAACCCAGUCCUACGCAUUCCAUUGGCGGGUUUGGGAUCCACAACCUCGGAGCUGGAAAAGAUCAUGAAGUGCUAUCGCGGCUAUGAGUACUUCCAGAUCCUCGAGGAUGAGGAUACCGAUCUCUCGCCAGAGGAGCAGUCCCAGCGAAGCCUCGCCGCCGUCUCCGAGUCGCCCUAUGUUUCCUUCCGUGAUCUCUUUUGCGCUGAAAACGCCUUGGCCGACAUCCAAAAGUUCACCAACAUCACCGCCAACUUUGCCCUCAACCCGGAACGCAUCCGCAGACUCGUCCCCGAGGCCGCCACAACCGUCGGCGCCACUCCGAUCGGGAGUGCCCCGGAGCGAGCCGGCAGAUUGGCCAUCGACCUCGACCUAUGUGUGUGGCUGGUCGUCUCCAAGAUCCCGGACGAUGUCUCGGUCUCGACCCUGCGCCAGCACUUUGCUCGCAUCCCGGGCUUUCUCUUGCUGUCGUUCCAGCCCUCGACCUACCUCCUCGCCUUUUCCAACGCUCAGACAGCCGAGAAGGCCAUCCAUCAUCUCCAGACCAACACCCGCAUGGAGGUGCGCUACGCCGAGCCAAGAGAAAAGGACGUCUUCAAACUGCCGCAUAUGCGUCGGCCCGUUCCCGCCACAGCCGCACUCUACAUCCGCAUCCAGCAGUGGAUGCCUCACAAGCGAUUCUCGGAGCUGCUCCGGGUUUACCCUGGGUUCGAAGAUGCCCGACACUUCAAGGAUCACAUCAUCACUCGCUUUGCCACCCCGGAUGACGCUACCAAAGCCCUCGAGGACCUCGAAGCUACCACCGAUCUCUUUGUCGACUACUCGAGCAAGGGUGAGCGGCUCAUGCCUCUGAACCGCGACGACCAAAUGUCCAGCAUGCAUCCACACUUUGGCCCGCAGUCGCAGUCGCAGUCGCAGCCACAGCUGCAGUCACAUCUUUCCAUGGGCCACGGCGGCUCUGGCCCGGUUGUACGCCCGCGAAGCGCCAGUAAUACCUCCAUCAACUCGGUCUCGCAGAGCAGAGCGACCGUUGGCCCAGUCCCGACGAACAUGGCCCAUCUGGGCGUCGGCUCGCAGAUUGACAGGCAGCCAGGGUCGGGCCAGAACCAGGCACUGCUCAUCGCCGACGCCGCUCUCCUUCGAUUUAAUCUGCGCGAGACGCUUGGGUCGCUUGACGGCUUUGAGCGAUUCUCUAUCCAUGAAGACGGCGUCUAUGUCUGGUUUGUGACGCGCGAGCAUCUCUCUGUGGCCCUCGGUCAGAUCGAGAACGAAUGGAACAUGAAUGUGGCUGCGGUCGAUCGAUCUCGCCCAAGAGACCGCAACCAGUACCAGCACAACGAAGUCGCCUCGAGCUCUCUCUUCAUCCGGAAUGUGCCUGGCCUUUCUCGAGAUAUGCUGCAGAUGAUCAUCGAGAGCUACCCGGGCGCCCAGACAACCCGCUCAACGCUCAUGUACACCAUCGUGGACUUUUGCGAUCACGAGUCCGCUAAACGAGCUCUGCUGGAUCUGCGCAGAACAACCAACAUCAAGGUUGAGUACUCCAACCGCCCGGCUCAUAACUCUGGAUACGGCGCCGACCCCGCUGGCAACACCGGGCCUGUUGUUUCGGUCGUGAGCUCGGCCUCUCUUGUCAACCCAGCCUAUCACGCUGCCCCAUCGGCCCAUGCCAUGUAUGUGAUGGAUAAGAGUGGUCCGAGCGGGCCCAGCUCUGACAACAGCCAGACUCCCGAGCCCACGACACCUUCGGAUGCGCAGGGAUCUGUUGGAUCCCUCUGUACUGCCCACCUCUGCAAUAUGGACGGCAAGGACAAGGCCGAUAUCGUCUCGGUCGCCCGCCGCCUGCCUGGAUUCGUUCGACUGUCGUUCUCGGCCGGGGCUCCAGGCGUGUAUAUGGUCUUCCAAGAUGCUCAUCACUGCAACGAAUCAAUCGAGAGCCUUCAGCAAAUGUGGAAGAAGCUCACUGCCACCUUCGCCAAGAGAGAGCCUGAGCUCAAGCCUGUAGAUAUGAACGCACCCCGCGCGUCGGUCUUGACAAUCGGCGGCACUGACUGGACUCUGGGCGAGCUGGAAAAGUAUCUCUCUGGAUUCCCUGGGUUCGAGCGAGUUGAGAGGGACGACAGCAACUACUGGGCCUACUUUCAGGAUGUCGACUCGGCGAGCGCCUGCCUGAUGGAAGCCAACUUCAAAGUCAACCUUGGAGCCACGUUUGCAUCGUCUCCUCGGGCACCGCCCAUCAAGCCCGGAAAGCUCACAAUCAACACGGCCAACGCCGGUCUGACCGGAGGCAUGGUGGGAAUGCCAAUGCCCCAGCGGCCGCUUGCUUUCCACCCGAUGGGCGUGGUUGCUGGUGCCCCCUUGCCGUACUUUGCAUCCCCGUCUCCAAGCAAUGCCGGCGGCAAGCACCACGGCAGCUGGGGAGACCCACCACAGUUCACCAGGCUUGGAGCUCAGGCGCCUCCAAACAUCCCCAUGGGCAUGUACAAUAUGGCUCCGCUGGGGCGACCUGGGUUCCCUGUUUAUGCCGGCGCCAAGGCUGGAUACGAUGCACCCAACUACAUGCAUCCAACCAGCGUCACGGGCUACAGCGCAGAGCUUGCUCCGGUCUAUCUCAAACCCGGACAAGGUCCUGUGUAUCCAGGAACCCGCACCCCAGCCCCCGGCGAAGAGCCCAGAGACCACAGUACCGGACACCUCAAGGGCAACGUCAUGGUCUGCUCAAACCUGCUCACGGUUGCCCCCUGUCAAUUCUUUGAUGAAAUGGAGCUGCAGAACUUUGUGUGUCAACUACCGGGUCUCGAAGAGUACUUUGUCGAGCGGCACCUAGACCAUCUCAAGCUCCAUCUUCGGUUCGCCGGCAUCGAUACAGCGAUCAAGAUCAUGCAAACAGGCGAGUUCCAGAACAUGAUCAGCCGCUUGUCUGGUGGAUUAGGAACUGCUCAGUUCCGAAGUCGCAACGAGGCACCUCUGGAUUGGUUUGAACACGUGCAAGAAGAGUUCCACGAAGAAGGCAGUCAGAAUGCCAACAUUGCGUCGAUGGCGACGAACUGCAAGCUCAACCCGGAUGCUGCCCCAUUUGACUUUACUUCACAUGAAAACUGGGCGAUGGCCGCCUCUGGACAGCCUCAUGCAUCCCAAAAGCCCUCCGUUGCUGCAACUUUGUCUGCCCAGGAAGAUGGAGAGCUUGGUCGAGACGCCGCCACACUUUCGUACGGCUCUCGCUCGUUGCCGUCAAGGAACCAAGCGAGCAAGGAGCACGCUGCUUGGGAGGGUGGCUGGGAAUCGGUCGGCUCCAAGCGCGGCAAGAGCAUCAUUGGCGAUGUCCAGAAUGCAAUGGCAAGCAUGUCCAUUGGCCCAGCAGACUCGACAGGCGUCACCCAUCGAACCAACCUAUCGGAUGUGUUCCAACCCUUCCAGCACGGCACUGAGAUCGAUCAGAGCAAAGCCGAGAACGGCACCGAGUCAAGCCAAGCGCUCACAAAGCAGUGUGAGCAACUCAAGGCAGCCCUCGCCACCCAGGCCCACAAAGCUGGCCAAGCAAGCAGCCGCCUGGAUCAGAUCCUCGAGUUCUUCAAAAUCGAGCCGCAGCCCAGUGGCAUCGAGAGCGACAACCAUGCUACCCAGGAACCUGGAUCUGGGCCCAGGCGUUUGCCCAUCGACGAGCUCUCCGAGAAACUGGAAAGGCUUUGGGUGCACCUGCAUGGACCGACUGAGAAGGACGAAUAACCCCGAGGGAGAACUGGCGGCUUUGCCGCAAUCGAUAGGAAGCUCAUGCUGACUUUGAGGCGUUCCCCCAUGUCCCGGAGUGAUUCUGACAAUUUGGUAUUCUUGAAGAGUAGUGGCUCAGAGCGAGUGGU